AUGUUCCCCAAGGCAGCUCUGCUCACCCUCGCUCUUGCGUUCGUCGCUUCCGCUUCGCCGGUUGCGAAGGAUACCCAGAACGGAAUCCGCAUUCCCAUUCACAAGCGUAGCUCGGUGACCAAGGCUGAUGGCACGUUCGACCGCGAGGCUGCCAUUCGGCAGAAGGUCAAGGUGCAGAACAAGCACCGUCAGAACCUGAUGAACAUCGACAAGAACGUCGGUCUGGAGAACUUCAACCAGGGCGCACACAUCCCCGGGUUGGCUGUCCUGCCCCCUUCUCUUCAGAAGCGCCAGGGCGAGUCCCUUUCGGACGAGCAGAACAAUGAGGAGUGGACGGGCACCGUGUCCAUUGGCACGCCCGCGCAGGAUUUUACCAUCGACUUCGAUACUGGUUCUGCUGAUCUCUGGAUCCCGUCCUCCGACUGCUCCGGCUGCCAGGCGAAGAGCUCAUACGAUGCAUCCAAGUCCUCGACGAGCAAGGAGCAGAGCGGUAACUUCCAGAUCCAAUACGGUGACGGUUCUACCGCCUCUGGCCCCAUCUACUCCGAUACCGUCAGCGUUUCCGGUGUGUCGGUUACUGGCCAGUAUCUGUCUGCUGUCAACAGCGAGAGCGGCAACUUGGUCGGUGGGCCGAACGACGGUCUGAUGGGCAUGGCCUUCCCUACCAUCUCUCAGCUCAAAUCGGACCCGUACUUUUGGACUGCUGUUGACCAGAAGGCCGUGAAAGAGGGCGUGUUCGCCUUCAAGCUCUCGACCAGUGGCUCCGAGCUCUACAUCGGGGGCACGGACAACUCGAUGUACUCUGGUGACAUCGAGUACCACGACCUCUCUUCUUCGGCGCAGGGCUUCUGGCAGAUCAGUGGUGCGAGUGCGCUGGUCAACAACAACGCCACGGUUUCGGACUUCGACACCAUCAUUGACUCCGGCACCACGAUCAUGUACGGCCCGCCCGAUGCCGUGUCGCAGUUCUACGCUGCCAUUGACGGUUCGUCCGAGUACGACUCGCAGAACGGAUACUACUCCAUUCCCUGCGACUCCAUCCCGACCAUCGCCUUCUCGUGGGGUGGCAACAACUGGGAGAUCUCCUCGGACGUCUUCAACCUCGGUACUGCCUCCGACGGUAACUGCCAAGGUGCUCUUGCUGCUCAGGACCUCGGUCUCGGUGAUAACGUUUGGCUCCUUGGUGACUCGCUCAUGAGGAACGUCUACACCGCGUUCUCUGUCGACAACAACGCCGUCGGCUUCGCUAAGCUCUCGUAA